AUGGAGGAAGCCGUGGCGGGGAGCAUCGCUCGCCAGAGACGCAGCGGCACUGGGAGGGGCGUCGGAAGGGAGGAUCACGCUCACCGCACAGGCGGCAGCAGUGGGGGGAAGGGCCCAGAGGAGAGUUGCGGUUGCCCGACCGGCGCCGUGGUUUCGUUCCUCGCGAUAUUUCUUCUCGCCGCGUCCCUCGCGCCGGGUCAUGCGGCGGAUUCCGAUGACUCCGCCACGGCCGCGCCUCCGCGAUUCGCGCGCGCGCGGCUGAGGCGGACGGGGGAGCUCACGCUCGAACGCAUCGCGGCGCAGCGCGAGUGGCUAUCGUCCGCUGCGUUCAAGCAGCGCCUUCUCUCCGCCAGCGUUCUCCGCGCGGACGGCGCAGAAGUCGGCGCAAGCGGCGGCGAGCGCGGGCCGGACGUGGUGCCGCUGAACAAUUUCAUGGACGCGCAGUAUUACAUGGAGAUUGGGAUUGGAUCGCCGCCGCAAACGUUUAAAGUCGUGCCCGACACCGGCAGCAGCAACCUCUGGGUGCCCUCGCGCCGCUGCUACCUCUCCCUGGCGUGUCUGAACCACGCCAAGUACGAUUCGCGCAAGUCGCGCUCGUACGAGGCGGACGGCACGCCCUUCGCCAUCCAGUACGGCAGCGGCGCCAUGAAAGGCUUUCAGUCCAAGGACGAUGUGACUAUCGGCGACGUGACUAUAACGGGGCAGACCUUCGCGGAGGCCACCAGCGAGCCCGGCCUCGCGUUCUUCGCGGCGAAAUUUGAUGGAAUCAUGGGGCUGGGCUUUAAGGAGAUCUCCGUGAACGGCAUCGUGCCGCCGUGGUACAACAUUUUGUCGCAGGGGCUGGUUCCCGAGCCGGUUUUUUCGUUCUGGUUUAAUCGGGAUCCCGAGGGGGCGGCGGGCGGCGAGGUGGUGUUUGGGGGAGUGGAUGAGGCGCAUUACAAGGGCGCGCACUCGUGGGCGCCUGUUAGCAGACGCGGGUACUGGCAGUUCGACAUGGGAGAUGUGCUCAUCAACGGCUCCACCACCAGCAUCUGCAAGCGCGGCUGUGCUGCUAUCGCUGACACUGGCACCUCUCUCAUCGCAGGCCCGUCGGCGGUGAUAGCGGAGAUCAACGCAGCCAUCGGAGCCAAGGGCGUGCUGAGCGAGGCGUGCAAGCAGCUGGUGCACGACUAUGCAGUCAUUAUCAUUGACCUGCUCGAACAGAAGAUGGACCCCUCCCUUGUGUGCCAUGCCAUCGGCCUGUGUGAUGACAUGGCUGCAACCACCGCUCACACCACGCCCACGCCCAGCAUGAGCCGCCGCCUGCUUGGGUGGGAGGAGGACCCAAUUAUCCAGAUGCCCGGGGACCACGCUGACGGUGAGGCGAGUGGCAGCAGCUGCAACGGCGGGCGAGUGGGCGAUCCCAAGUGUUCGCUGUGUGAGGCGACGGUGAUCUGGGUGCAGAACCAGCUGGCGAGGAACAAGACGCGGGCUGAGAUCAUCAGCCACCUCAACAAGAUGUGUGAGCACAUUCCAAGCCCAGGCGGGCAGGCGCAGGUGGAUUGCAACAAGGUGCACAAGAUGCCAGUGGUGGCGUUCACCAUCGGGGACAAGCAGUUUGCGCUACAGCCGGAGCAGUACGUGCUACAGGCGGGGCAGGGCGGCCAGCAGCUCUGCAUCAGCGGCUUCCUGCCCCUCGAUGUGCCCGAACCCCUGGCUCUGCAGCAGUACGUGCUACAGGCGGGGCAGGGCGGCCAGCAGCUCUGCAUCAGCGGCUUCCUGCCCCUCGGCGUGCCCGAACGCCUCGGCUCCAUCUGGAUUCUGGGAGACACAUUCCUGGGGGCAUACCACUCGGUGUACGACUUUGGCAAUGAGCGCGUGGGCUUUGCUGAGUCGGCGUGA